GCCAGCCAUUCGGUCACAUAUCAGCAGCUGGUCUGUCCACAGAGUGAGUGGUAUGCGAUGUGUCUUGCGUACACACAGAUCGGCUAAAGACAUGACGACAGCCGGCACCCGACAGAGACCCUCCUGUAACACACACACAACACACCAGUCAGGGCAACAUUCAGCCACAUGGCCUAAUUGCAUCGCUGCUCACCCACCAGUUUUGAUGGAUAAACCGAUCAGUCGCCGCUCUCCUCCUCAGCUGCUGCAUCGUCACCUGUCGAAGACACAAACACCCAAAUGAAAGUCAUGGAGGUCGACGUGAGGGCCUUUGUGCGCGGUCCUUCUUUGUACCUCCGCUGCCCUCAUCCGUAUCGUCACCCUCAUCGCCACCGCCGUCGGAAUCUGCAGACCACACACAGAGAGAAGGCACGUCUUCCAUCCAUCCAUCCAUGUGUGUGUGUCCGUACCAUGGCUAUCUUCAUCUUGUUGCUGCUGCUGCUGUUGGUGCAAUUGCUGCUGUUGUACUUGUCCGUCGAAUACGAAUAGCGCCACCGCCUCCAACGCCACACGAGCCAGCUGAGUGGUCAUGGGGUAGCGGUGCUUGAAAAAACCAACCCCAGUCACAGCCGCCUCAAUGGUCACGACAUGCACACUCACUGCGCACCAGGGGAAGGAGAAUACGUGACAUCUGACAUGCAGGGCUUCCUCUCUGUCACACUGACCGUCGUUAUUUCCUGACACGCUGAUGUGAAUCCAUGCGACGAAUGGGUGGCUGCCGUCUGUGAGCACCAGCCGUCGCAGACGACCGUUUUGGCUCAUUGUGGUGGUGCAUCCGGCCACCGGUGUGUAGGGCGACCGAGUCAGCAGGCCAUCCAGACGGCCGCCAUCAACGUACCUGAACCAACCACAGGCACAAUCAAUAGCGCUCCCUCUUGCCACUGGUGCCCUUAGUUUUAUUACCUGUUGAGUCUUAUCAAUGUGUAGUUGGUCUGCUGGGUCUUGUCGAAGUAGUCGACGAUCAUGAACUUGGCAAACGACGACACUGACGAAUCGGUGUACUGGCCACCUAGCAACAACCAUCGGCUAUGGACGAACGUGUAGUAGAUGCUCUCACGCACCGGUGGGUCGUGUAGCUGUCGGUGCUGCUGAUACAGGUGGUCGGCAGGGAGGGGCGGGUCAACCUCCAGCCGGAAGCCGGGCUCGUCCUUGAUGGCCCACACCUCAUUGCCGUGCUGGAACAGCUGCAGACAGCUGCCAUCACUGAAGUGGACGUGGCUGCCGACCAUCUUGAGCUGCGCCAACACACGGGGAGCCGACACAUACGC